AUGAAAUACAUUAUUAUAUUUAAUUUUUUUCUUCUUUAUUUAUAUAACAGAGGAAAAAAUAAUUUUGAAAAAAUUUUUUUUUUUCCUUUAAUUUUGGAAAAUGAAGAAAUAACAAAUCUGAAGUACAAAAUUUUGAUUGGUAAAAAAAAAGGGUAUAGUAGAAUAUUAUAUGGAUUUUUUAGAAAACAUAGAAAAAAAAAAGGCAGAAACAAUAGCGAAAAAAAAAGACUAAGAAAACAAAAUAAAAAGAAAAAAAAACAAAGAAGAAAAAGAAGAAAAGAGCAAAGAAGAAAAAAAAGAGAAGAAAAAAGAAGAAAAAAAGAGGAAAAAAAAAGAAGGAAAGAACAAAAAAAAAAAGAAAGAGAAGAUAAAAAAAGGAGAAAAAAAGAAAAAAAAGAAAGAGAAGAAGAGGAACAACAAAAAUUAGACACACAAGUAAAGAUGACAGAAAGGGAAGAAGAAGAUGAAGCAGAAAAUUCCGAAGAAAAAGAAAAUGCUAUUCCAAGAGAAAGAAAUAAAUAUAAUGGUUAUGAGGUUCCUCAAAAUAGAAGUAUAAUGGAAAAUCAAACUCGCUAUCCUCAACAUGAAGUUUCAUAUACAAGAAAUGAACCUGUAAAUUCAUUUCAUACCAACAAUAGAAAUAACAUAGAAUCUCAACCAAGCAGUUUUGUGAAUCAAAACGAAAGAAAUAUGAAUUAUUCAAAUAGUACAUAUGAUAACCACAUAGAACAAAAUGAAGAAGUUGUAAUAAAUUUUAAUAAAUUAGAACAUGAAUCUAAAGGAGAAAUUUUAAAAAAAAUUAAAAAUGCCAUAGAAAUAUUGCAAUAA